AUGGCUGCUACUGACAAACCCAGCCAGAAAGAGCUGCAAGCACUCGCGAUGGCACCCACCAAGUACAUCGGCCGUGCGAUCCCGGAAAUCUCCCUGCGUGACUUCGACUCGCGCAUCGAUCAAAUCACAGCUGAAUUGCUCGAUGCAGCCGAGAACGUCGGCUUCUUCUGCAUCGUCGAUCAUGGCAUCUCGAAGGAUGCAGUAGAUGGCAUCUUCAAUCAGUCCGCCCGCUUCUUUGGCCUGCCAGACGAGGUCAAGGCGCGCGUUCCCUUCUCGCCACAGCACAAUGCAGGAUGGGAGAAGAAUGCCCAGGUCCGCCCUUCGACGGGCGCCGUGGACCGUAAAGAGUCGUAUCAAAUGCAAUUCGGUGAUGGCAUGGAGGGUCGAUGGGUCGAUGAUGAGACGCUUCCCGGAUUUCAGGAGGAGGCGCUUUCAUUCAUGCACCAGGCCCAAGAGGUCAGCGAGAAACUCAUGAGGUGCUUCGCUCGCGGGCUACACUUCCGUGACGACUACUUCAUCAAAGCCCACAACGUGAGUCGCCAAGAAUCGCAGACGGUCUGCAGGCUCCUCCAUUACUUCGAGACGCCCCAGGUGCCCAACCCGACAGGCGAGGUUUUCCAUAGGGCCGGUGCGCACGCCGACUGGGAUUUCUUGACUCUUUUGUUUCAAAAAGAGGGCCAGUCGGGCUUAGAGAUAUGCCCUGGUCGCGAGGUUUCGACCUCGUUCGGGUAUGGCGAUGCGUGGACAAAAGUAGAGCCGAAUGCUGCGAAGAACGCCAUUGUUUGUAAUAUCGGAGACCUGCUCAUGUCGUGGUCUGACGACCGAUUCAAGUCUACGUUUCACAGAGUCAAGGCUCCAUGCGAGCCAAAUGACUUUUAUGGAGAGCGCUACAGUAUUGCCUUCUUUAAUCAGCCGUGCAGAGAUGCCGAGAUACAAGGACCACUGAAGAAGUAUCCCAUGAUUACGGGCGAGGAAUUCGCGCGAAACGCAAUGACCCGGAAUUACAAGGCCUUACGGGAGAAAUUAAUUAAAGUUAUGGACUAG